GCCCCACGCUGUCGGAACCGCGCGGCCCGCGACCACCCCCGCCCCCACCCUCCCGCCGCAGCGCGCCCUGCCGCCGCAGCGCAGCCACGGUCCCCCGGAACCUCGUCACGUGCGUUCAGGCCGCGGAGCAGGUCUGCUGGGUUUCCUUGUGCACAGUGCUGAGCCUGCACUGCCACAGGCAGCUUCGAGGUUUCAGCGUGGUCUAAAUACAGAGACCAAACACACACGGACCAGACCGGCAACCUGACGGUGGCAGUGCCGAUUGUGGUCAGGACCUACUGUCAGUGUUCCGCUGUUUCCAGUUCCGGUGGCCCUUCAGCCUUUCAGAAGAUAAGGGGAAUAAAGAAGCCACCUCCCCAGCUGUCAUCAUCUGGCAGCAGAUUGAGCAAGAAUAUUCUGAGUACUGCAGAGAAGACAACCCAGCAAACCUCAGAUGAUGAGCAGCCCUGUGACCUCUUCAAGACAAGGAAUAGGAUGAGGGACUGUCAUCAGAAAAGCAGUAUAAAUGCUGGCUCAUCUUGGAAUCAAGUACAGCAUUCAAAGACUUCUUCGGGGAAAAGGCAGAGUGGAUCGCAAGGAUCCCACGUCCCUUCCCAGCAGAGGAGCAGCCUCCUUGGAGUCUCCCAGCCAGCAGCAGAUAAACUCAUGGAAACUGUUCCCACGGAGGUUAGACAGGAGCGGGCUGCGCUCAGCUCCAGGUAUCAGGCUGCCUCUGGGAGCCAGCUGUUCCUUGACUUCCACUCCAUGGAGAUCAUUAAAGGAGGUGCUGAUGAGGACAGUGCCAGUGACCUGUCAGACUCAGAAAGAGUGGCCAUCCCCCCUUCUCCAUUCACUCCUCCAGAGCUCAACCUCAGAGCUGAAGAAAUAGACCCGGUUUCCUUCAGUCUUCACCCAGAGCUGAGCCAUGCAGAGUCUGGACACUCCUACCCCGACUUUCUUCCACCUCCUUUCAAUUCCUGGGAUCUCCAGGAUAUGGCUGUUGUUCUGAACACAGAGUGCAGGAGCGAGGCCCUGCCUCGGGCCACGGGAUUCCUUGGGAAGUACAUAGACAGGCUUCUUCAACUAGAAUGGCUACAGGUCCAGACCGUGCAGUGUGAGAAGGCCCGAGCCACCAAGGCCAAGCCCUCUGGUGCCUCUGGGGUGCUGAAAAGCCCCGGGCGGGGUAAGCUCCUUACCGCUGCUCUGUCUAAGCCCUUACCAUCCCCAGAAGGGAUUUCAAAGUCAGGCCCUUCUCGAAAGAAAGGUUUUCGCCACGAAGAAGCCCACCCAUCCUACUAUGCAUUUGAGACUUUGCCUAACUCUGUGGAUGCGCCUGGCCGACCCAGACUGUGUUCCCAGAAGCACACCCCCGAAUUGAGGAUGGAGAAGAAGAAGAAAUCAAGUAAGGGCCCCAAGCUUCAGCUCCAUGCUCCACCCUGCACCGAGGGCAACCUGGCAAUGGAAGCCAAUGGUAACAUCCGAAUUCCGAGGCAAUCUGCAGUGCUUCUGGACCCGGUGGACUCCUAUAGGGCCUCCAGGACACAGGCACACGUGGACCUGAAGAAAAAGGGGAGUGCGAAUAACUGUGGUUAUGCCCCUUCAUCCAGUGAGAAAAAACCCAAAACAAAUGGAGCCAAGCAAAGCACCUAUAAGUUAAAGUGACCCCCUGAGGCAAAGAAUUGUAAAGACCUGCAGAUGUCUAAAAAUGGGGACUCUCUCCAACGUGGCGAUGAGCUUGAGCCCAUUUGUGGUAACUAACUCGAGCUGGCUCUCGGUUACACCAGCCUGCCUUGGUAGUUAUUUUCCGAGGUCUCGGUGAGGCUUAGUAAGCUGUUCUUCCUGGAGACAGUCUUAAGCAUUUGAGGGCCCUGUGGGUAAAGACUAACCCAUGUGUCUGUGACACAAAGGAUUGAAGCAGCAGUGCCAGGCAGACCAGUUCCUGUGUCCCUGUCUCUGAAGUGUGGGAAACUGUGUGACGUGGAGGAAGAAAGGCCCCACCAGCUCACUGCCUUGUGCUUUUGCAUAGAACUUCAAGCGGGUUUCUAUCUGUUGUCUUUCUCUCAUCUUUCCUCCCCCAUCCCCCAGCCUCAGUUCCACUCCAGUUAGGGAGCUCUUGCAUUUCUAUUUUGAGGGUCAUUUAUCUGAAGCAGUUCCUUGCCAGAGGCAAAGGCAUCCGGAUCACCUAUCUGAUGCAUUUUAAAAGGCAUUUUAAGUCCAGGGGUAGUGCCCUAGCUCAUUUCUGAGUUCUCUUAACUGAACUUAACAUCAUUUGUGGAUUUUUCCAGGGAGAAAGACGGGCCUAACCAUUGUUGCUGCUGUCUGAUGGGGGUGGGGUGGGGAAUAGAAUGCCUUAGCACGAUAGACUUUUGCGUAGCCAUGAGCAAUUUGUAGGAUUACUCAAAUGUAAGUCAUUAAAUUGCUGACUAGGGACCAUAUCCUCUUGUUCUGGGUCAAAACUAAAGGUCUAGUUCCGUUUGUAAGAGCAGAUUUCUCUAAUUAUGCCUGGGGCCGGGGGAGGGAGCAGAGACACAUUUGCUUUGCAGACACACACACAGACACACACACACACUACAGAGAGAGAGAGAGAGAGAGAGAGAGAGAGAGAGAGAGAGAGAGAGAGAGAGAGAGUGUGUGUGUGUUACUGGCUGCUAUCCUGAGUGUUCUUAUCUGGCUGUGGCUUCCUGCCUCCCACUCUGGUCUUCCUCAGCUGCCUCCCAGUCCCCUCUGCCCGGGGCACUUUCUUCAGUGUGCUUCUGCAGCCCUUCUGUGGUGGCUGCCUCCCAGACCCGCUUAUGUAUUAAGGACUGCAGUUAGUAGAUUCAUCCUUUGUUCUGGGCAUGAUGAUUCUAUUGGAUUGGGUUUUUGUUUUUAGCCUUUGAGACAAAGGACAAAAGUUACACGUUGCAGUUGGAAAUAACAAUGGCUUCCACGGGUUGCAGUUGGAAAUAACAACAAUGGCUUCUGCGGCCCAGGUAUCUGUGACCGAGAUAAGUUUAUCUGUCCUUAAAACCAGCUGCGAAGGCUAAAUGUCCAAGGCUCUGUAAACCAUGGUUUUUAUCACACUGAACAACACGUGAACUUUUUUUUUUCAGCCCUUUUUCUUUCGGACUUUAUUUUCAGAUGCCUUUUGCACUGCCCCCCACUCCCACCCCAGAGAAAACAUGUUAUUACAUGGCGGUCUCAUACCUUUUUAUGUGACCAAAAUCCAUUUAUGUUUCAGGCAGCCAACAGAUGCAAUGUCCACAUUUGCCCGUGGUAUGCACCUUGUGUUGGGAGAACAAUACCACCCUGCACGUUCUUCCCACCUGAGGGAGGCCCUGUGUCCUCCUCCCUGCUCCAUGGAGCACAGACCAUUUGUACCAUGACUGGCACCUCCCUUUGCUUUAGGUAGAACCUCAUAGGAGACAUAUUCUUUCUCUAGGUGUUUAUGCAGAUCCUUUGGAAGCUUCAGGGCCAGUAAAUGUAAGCAUGAUGUCAUGUACACGUAACAUUUCUGUGCUCCCUCCAGUAGCACUAACAGGAUUUCUUUCCUGUUACACACCUGUGUGGGUCCCUUAGACCCUGAAGGGAGAGCGUGAAGUUCCUUUUCCCUUGCUCGAUGUGAUUCUGAGUUGAAACUGUCACAGCUAAGGAAUGCAAAGACGGUGACUCAUACAUCUGUUCCCAGCACACUUAACUGAAGUUGGUUCCUGAUCUAGGGACUAGAAUUCAUAUCCCCCCGUGUUUAGACGGUCCUAGAAGCCCAAAGCAGUGACUUUGUUUACCUCUUUGCCCAGGUUAAUUGUCCGAUUUGAACAGUGUUAUUGGGUAGGAUCUGGGUGCUAUUGAACUGCACAGUUUGUUACAGUCACAUUGAGUGUAGCUAUUGGAGCACAGCCUUUUCCAUGAUCCCUGAAAACAUACCCUGUGUGGGCAAGUAAUCAGCAUUGGGCGCUGAACCAUGAACCCAGUCAGCUUAAGACCAAAGCAGAGUAUCCAGCUACAGUGACAGAAGGUGCCCUGAACUGUGCAAAGUGCUUUUCACCUCAGGCAUGCUUACGUGCCCACUCACUGAAACCAGUCAAACCUACGUGCCCACCCACUGAAACCAGUCAAACCUACGUGCCCACCCACUGAAACCAGUCAAACCCAAGAGGAAUAUAAGAAAGACAGUAUUUCAGACUUACCAUCAGUGAGUGGAGUAAAGGCAUCACCAGUGGCUCUAAGUAUUCACUGAUGGCUGGGCUUGGGCCGUUUCCCAAAUCUUAAAUGACCCGAGAGGCUGAAGGCGUGUAACCAGCUUGGAGGUCGUAGAGUUCAUGGCCUGUCACAGCCUGUGGGAAGAGAAGUCAGCCCUCAUGGUCCUCAUGGAAAAGAAAGGCUCCUUCUGCCCCUGGGACCUACUGGGAUCACGUUCUAGAAGACCUAAGAGAGUGCCUAGGUGGCUUACGCAUUCCUUUUCUUUCUUUCCAUGCAUUUCCUUGAACAGUUGGGUAGAAAUCUGAGGUCCUGGUGGUACUGCCUUCAAGGCAGUGGCAGUAUUCAUUGUCUGUGUCCGUGUAGAUGGUUGUAUUGAGGCGACCUGUGAACACAUUCAGCAUGUUCGUUUGAUGUUGUGAUGCUGUGUGUCUGGUUUUAUAUGUAGGAAAACAAGUCACGUACACUUUUGUCGACUUGCACUUCUCCUCCCUUGAGACAAAUUAAACAAACAUUAUCUGGAA